GUCGUCGCAGCCAGCGAGCACGACACGUCCCACAAUGGCCUCGCCGCCGCGUGCCGCCCGGGCGUCUAUGCCGCCUUCGCCUUCCUCUCCGCGCCCAUACGCUCCUUCAACACCUGGUCCAUCCCAUCCACGUCCUGUCCCUUCGUCCUCCCGCCCCGUCCCAGUCAGGCCGCCGCCGCCACCACCACCACCACCUACACAACCCACCACCGUCAAGCUCUCUCCCUCAGGCCUUCGCAACUUCGCCUUCCGUCUCACCCAUCCUCCGGAGAUUCCCUCCGACCUCGUCUCUCCCAUCCCGCCGUCUUCCCAGACCCCAAGCGCGCGAGCCAAGGGAAAGGCCAGGGCACACUGGUGGUCCUGGGACCUCGCCACCUGGGGCAUACAGCCCCACUACAAAGUCUCCCUCGAAGACGUCCUUGCACGCAAGCACCUCCCUCCGCUCGGCUUGAAGGACUUUGAGGAAUGGCUGCUGUUCGUCGACGGAGCACCAGAGAACUUGUACUUUAUCCUCUGGCUUCGAGCAUACACUACACGCUAUGGACGCUGGACUUCGUCCCUCAAGUCCUCCGCAGAAACGAAGCGCGCCAAGCGUAAGCAGCGGCACUCCCAGGACCUCACUUUCAACACCCACCCUCCGCCCCCUGCCCCGCUUCAGCCUCCCAUGCUGCACCACCCGAACCCGCUCCAGCCGGGAAGUAGUCAUCACAUGCCAUCAGGCCGUGAACGCCCAUUUCCUUCUCUUGGGCUUGCCAUAUCGUUCCUUUCAACCUCCUCCGCUCUGCAGCCCGCUUUGGGGCAUUCCCAGCCCUCUUCCCCCACAGCCGUGUCGUCCCCAACCUCGCCAGGCGCACAAGAUGCGGGUGAAGGCCACGAGCACCUCGACGGGCGCGGCACCGAUAGACGGUUUCGUCCCUAUGCCCCUUCGCCACCUCCACUUCCACCGAACCCCUCCCUGGCACUCUUUUAUUUGCGCGCAAAGGAAACGUUCUUCGCGCCAGGCGCGCCGUACGACCUCAACAUCGGAAGCAACGUCCUUGGCGCGUUCUUUCCAACCGAGGACGAAAAGGCCGGAGCCAGAAGCAGCAGGCACGACACAGGAGAUCCGUACGACGCGUUGAGAAAUCUCAGCAGCAAAGAUUUCCAGAGAAUCUCCAAGGGCGCCAAUAGUCUCGGAGGAAAGCUACCGCCACCGCCCGACCCGCAAGUCUUUGACGAGAUCAAGGACAUCGUAGAGGGACGCUUGAAGGCCAGCCUUGAGCGUCUGGUUGUCGCGACUUACAACAACGUCGGGAUGUCGCGUGCCUACUGUGGAAAUGCAGGCGGUAUGGUCAUUGGGAUUAUAACCAGUGGACCGCCGCUGGCUGCUUCCUUCUCCCUUCAUGCGUCGCGCUGGUGGCGCAUCUUUGCUCUUCCGGGGAUGUGGCUUGGCCUUACGAUCUUCAUUAGUGCGCUUUAUGGGGUGUGUAUGAUGAUCUACAUUUUCGGCGACCUACGCCAGCUGCGCUCGUUUGAGCUCUCGCGCCCAGCGAUCUCGAACCCAAAGCCGCUCAGGAGUGAUCCGCUGAGCGUCCACCGCGAAUCCCUCAAGAACAUCACUCGAAACCCGUCCAAACCGCCGUCUCCUACCGGAGUAACUUUCACGAACCCGUUCCCCACCUCUGGCGGGCCUGCGACCUUCAGCAUAACUCCCAGCCCAACGACAUCCGUGCUGCCUGACUCGAAGAGAAGCCUUCCUGCACUGGAUCUAGGCGCUCCAUCCGAGAAAGCAGUCCCGCGAAAGAUGAGCCUCCCGACAGGGCUCUUCUUUGGGAGCCGCGCGCGCGCUGAGCAGGAUGAGACCGAGCGCGAGAGGUUCGAGCGGAUGUUGCGCGAGGCGACGACUCCGCUCACUCACCCGCCAGUCAUGCCGCCCCCGCCGAGGGUAAGACCAGCAAGUGUGAGCGAAGCAGCGCUGGAUCCCCUUGAAAGCAGUCCUUGCCUUCCGACAUUAACGAUCGUUCCGCCUGAGCGCGUGCACUUUGACCACGGCAAGCGGAAGUCUCUGGAUGGUGCCGCGCUCGAGGUCACUAGGGCGUGCGAUAACGAGGAGAUUGAGGAAGAGGGCGUCAGCGACGAGGGCUACACUUCAGACUCGUCGUGCGGCAGCUCUGGCAGCGAUUCCGAGAGCGAUGAGGACGAGGACGAGGACGAGGACGAGUGUGUCGACCCCACCCAGCGCACACGUAGGCGCAGGCGCAGACGGCGGCCCGCCAUCGAGGUGUCGGACGCGUUCUAUGACGAGCACCCCUCCCCUGAGGGCCCCGCGACCGCCCCAGCGGACUGGUUCCCGAGUAGCCUUGAGCGUGCAGCGCGUAUGAACCCGAUCCGGGAUUGUCCCGGCCCUGUGCCGCCUCAUGUUUCGGGGUUCACAUCCUCCAAUACAUCGUCCUACCUGGCGUCGUCGCGCGGUAGCGCAGCCACCCACGGGAAGAAGAAGCCACCGCCCACGCCAGGGCGUGAUCCUCUCUGGCCAGAUUACGACGGCAACGGCGAGAGCCCGAGCGCGUGGGCUCAGUGGAUGCAACGCGACGCCGACGACGGGCGCCGUGCGGAGCGCAGCGAUCAGCAGCACGAGCCCCUGCCCGGCACCGCCAUGUUCAUUCGCCCUUAUGCAUACGACGCCAGCGAGCCCUGGGUGGCGGGCUGCGGCCCGGACGACCUCGAGAAGGGCUUGCGCCACCGCGCCGCGGGCGGCCCUGUGGGCGGCGACGGGUUCGACUUUGACGGCCUGCCCGCGCGCACGACGUUCUCGGUCACGCUCAAGCCGUCCGCGCCGCACCUGAAAGAGGACGCGAAGGGUAAGGGCGCGACGGAUCGCGCGAGCUCACCUGCGCCAUCGCAGGGCACGCGGUCCGACCUCGGCAGCGCCAUCGACGCCGAGCGGUGCGGCUGGCUCGCGCGCCAGUGGUGGCAGGCGCUCGAGUUCCUGCAGCGGCACUGCAGCCCCGACAACGUCGUGCAGGUGCUGAGGCAGCGGCGGAGCAGGGAGCGCGCGGAGGCUUCGAAGGAGGAGGAGAAAGCGGGAGCGCGCGGUGACACUCGGAAGGGAGAGAGAGAACGCGAGAAGGGGAAGAAGAAGGAGGAGAAGGGGUGGGACAGGGAGACGAAGGAGAAGGAGAAGGAAGAGAAGGAGAAGGGUGGGGAGAGAGACGUCGAGAAGGCCGUCGAGCCCGCCCCGCAGGAGCCUGCCGCGCGGCGUAACCAACCUUGCCCUGCGCCGAACCGCCCUCUCGCACCCGCGGGUGAGCCAGAAUGCGAGGUGAACGGCUGGCGCAGGCGUCUCCGGCGCGUGUACCUCAGCGUGCCCGCGUUCGCGGCGCCGCUGACGCCGGUGCUGAACCCGCUCGUCGGGCGCGCGCAGUGGGAGAUCGUUGUCCGGAGCGCGACCGCCGCGCUCGUAAUCAGCUUGGCUGUCGUGGGCGGGCUGCUGGGCGUGCCGGAGUAGACCGUGUGCACCAGCCGUUUGUUGUGGAGGCGUUUCUUUCUUAAUUGCUAUACCGCGGGCUCGCCGCCGGGCCUUGUCUCCCCCCACUCGUUAUAUCCCCACCUUCGCACUUUCGUCGCUUUUUUGCAACCUUUCGAACACAUGCUUUGCGCUUUUUUUCUGUUUGCUGGCUGUUUUGUUUUGUUUUCGCUUGCAACCCUUUUACGACCAUACAUGCCCUCUCUCGCCCUUUGUCGUUUGAAACCCUUCGCUUUCGAUCGCCUCUGUUGUAUUCACUAGAUACCUGCUUGCGCUUUUUCUUUUUGCUGUUAUUCGCUUUUCUUCUUUUCUUUUCGCGUUGGGUGAUGCUUGGAUUGGGGGGCUUUUCAUUCGUCAGAGGAAGUGUACUAAACUUAUGGGUAGGUAUUAGUAUAAUGUCCUCUUUGUUAUCGUGCGUGUCGCUUUCGAAAAUGAGAGCGAGGUGUUUUAAAGAUGUCUGGCGCGAGGCGUCCUGGCCCAGACCCAAUUCUACGAACGAAUACAGCCAGUCGGCGAUUCUCUGCUCAUUUUUGUGCGAACCAAGGACAAUGCCUAUGUAUUUAGCCGGAGCACACAGGUCGAAGAGAGAUCAGAAAAGAACAUAAGAUUCGAGCUCGAGACCGUCAAAUGUAAUGCAUGGCAGACGAACAAGGAAACACGAGACACCAGCUGUCGCGCGCGUCAUGACAUAACUGCAGACUUCGGGCGGCACAAGUGUGCGUCGUGAUUCAGGCGUUGCAGAGCAGUACGGUACUACCCUUUCUAUGCGCAACGACCCGGCCGUCCUUGAUCGUGGUCCUGUCGUAGCACGGAUUGCAGACUGCGUCCUGGACGCUGGGAUUGUUGUGCAGUACCACAAAGUCGGCGGCGUCGCCUGCGCGUGGGAUGAGCGACACAGACGACGGCCCACCCGUCGCGGUUCGUGCUACCGUCGUUACUGACCUCAGUAACGUCACACAUGCGGACUUUGUCACCGUCUGGAACAGCGCGACACCGAGAGGGCAGAGCAUCAGCGGGUCAGGCGAGCCCUGCGGGGUGAACGCGUUCGAGACGUUGUUGACGGCCAUCGCGGCCUCCACGCCGUACUCGUCCGCGAGCCGGACGACGUUGAGCGUGCCGCGCGGCACAGGAGACAGCGCACGGCCCAUCAUGUACACGUCGCUCUGUGGCAGGCCGACCAGCGUCACCGGGAGGUCGUCCUCCCUGAUCUCUUUUGCGAGUCGCUCCCAGUCCGAGGGAGUCAGGAGCGUCAGGCGCGUGGCGUGCCCAACGCACACGGUCCUGCCCUUCAGCCACCGACCGCCGCGUAUUCGUGAGCGCAGUUCGGACAGGAGGGACCACAUGACCGGCUCGCAAG